AUUCACGAAGACACGGUAGUGCCACAAGCACAAUUCUGCAGGCUUAUUUUAAAACCUCAAGAGAAUGAAUUGGGUUUCCUACUUUAAUUUCAAGAGUUCCCAAAACAAGCCUAGAAACGUGGUCCAUCACGAGAGGAGUCCCAGCUACGUUUUUUCAACAUUCUUUGUAACCGGCUGUCAUCAGUCAAUCUUUUCAUCCUGCCGAAGUGGACCUGUCUUUGAGAAGUGUCAUUUUAACAACAGUUCUAAGUACUUUCUGAAGCCGGUUAUAUUUGAAGUUUUUCCCAAAUGUGGUCACUAUGGUCUUGACGUGCGUCUGAUUCUCGUGAUGCACAGCAACAGAUUCAGUGUUGAUUCAGACAUGUUGCAGUAUGUUUGGCUGUCCUUCACCUCAAAACAAGCAAGAGUGCAAAUACUGUAAACACCACCUGUUGCCAGAUUCUUCAAAAUUCCUCACUACCUUAAAAGCGCGAGCAGGUGUGAUCCUUCACAUUCCUUAAUUGGCGUGCUAGUCGUUGGCCGGCUCCGAGGUUUAUUGUUGUUGUCUUAACCCAACACCAAGAUGACGAAGAAGAGCUUGACCGAGGAUGAGAAGUUUCUGUUCCUGGACAAGGACUUUAUGAACAGUCCCGUCGCACAGGCAGACUGGACAGCCAAAAAGCUUGUCUGGGUCCCUACUGAGAAACACGGGUUUGAGGCGGCCAGCAUCAAAGAGGAACACGGCGAUGAGGUCCUGGUGGAGCUGGUGGACAACGCCAAGAAAAUCACAGUCAACAAGGAUGACAUCCAGAAGAUGAACCCACCCAAAUUCAGCAAGGUGGAGGAUAUGGCCGAGCUCACCUGCCUGAAUGAAGCCUCUGUGUUACACAACCUGAGAGAGAGAUACUACUCCGGCCUCAUCUAUACAUACUCUGGACUCUUCUGUGUGGUGGUAAAUCCAUAUAAAAUGCUUCCCAUCUACUCUGAGAAGAUCAUUGAAAUGUACAAAGGCAAAAAGCGUCACGAGGUCCCGCCUCACAUCUACUCUAUCUCAGAUAACGCUUACAGGAACAUGAUGCAAGAUCGGGAGGACCAGUCCAUUCUUUGCACUGGUGAAUCAGGUGCCGGAAAGACAGAAAACACAAAGAAAGUCAUCCAGUAUUUGGCAUUGGUGGCCUCGUCCCACAAAGGCAAGAAGGACACAAGCGCUGGCGAGUUGGAAAAGCAGCUACUGCAGGCAAAUCCAAUUCUAGAGGCCUUUGGUAAUGCUAAAACCAUCAAGAACGAUAACUCAUCCAGAUUCGGCAAAUUCAUCCGCAUUAACUUUGAUGUAACAGGUUUCAUUGUUGGAGCCAAUAUAGAAACAUAUCUGCUGGAGAAAUCUCGCUGUAUCAGACAAGCAAAAACAGAAAGAGCCUUCCACAUUUUCUACUACAUGGUAGCAGGAGUUCAGGACAAAUUACGCGAGGAGCUUCUGCUGGAAAGCUUCAGCAACUAUCGGUUCCUUUCUGCCGGCCACGUCCAGGUUCCAGGCAACCAGGAUGAUGAAAUGUAUGACGAAACCAUGGAGGCCAUGAACAUCAUGGGUUUUACUCCUGAGGAAAGAACAGAUGUCCUCAAAGUAGUCUCAACUGUGCUUCAGUUGGGGAACAUUGAGUUCAAGAAAGAGAGGAACCAGGAACAAGCAACCAUGCCAGACAACACGGCUGCCCAGAAAGUUUGUCAUCUCCAAGGCAUUAAUGUAACAGACUUCACAAGAGCCAUUCUGACACCUCGUAUCAAAGUUGGUCGUGAGGUUGUGCAGAAGGCCCAAACCAAAGAACAGGCAGAUUUUGCAAUUGAAGCCUUAGCUAAAGCCAUGUAUGAACGCUUGUUCCGUUGGAUCCUUCUGAGAGUUAAUAAGGCACUGGACAAAACCAAACGUCAGGGAGCAUCUUUCCUGGGAAUCUUGGACAUUGCUGGCUUUGAGAUCUUCGAGGACAAUUCAUUUGAGCAGCUCUGUAUCAACUACACCAACGAGAGGCUUCAGCAGCUCUUCAACCACACCAUGUUCAUACUGGAGCAGGAAGAGUACCAGCGUGAAGGCAUCGAGUGGAACUUCAUCGACUUUGGUCUGGAUUUGCAACCUUGCAUUGAACUUAUUGAAAGAGCGAACAACCCUCCAGGCAUCCUGGCACUGCUGGAUGAAGAGUGUUGGUUCCCAAAGGCGACGGAUGUGUCCUUUGUGGAGAAACUGUGCAACACUCACGUUAAUCAUCUGAAGUUUGCUAAACCCAAGCAACUGAAGGACAAGACCGAGUUCUCUGUGUUCCACUAUGCUGGAAGGGUGGACUACAAUGCAACCGCAUGGUUGACCAAGAACAUGGACCCUCUGAAUGACAAUGUUACCGCGCUCCUGAAUAAUUCCUCUAAUCUUUUUAUGCAAGAUCUGUGGAAGGACGCUGAUCGUGUGGUUGGUUUGGAAACCAUUGCCAAGAUGUCAGACAGCUCUGCACCUAGUGCUUCUAAGACCAAGAAGGGCAUGUUCCGUACUGUUGGUCAACUUUACAAAGAGUCUCUGGCCAAGCUUAUGACCACACUGCACAACACACAGCCAAACUUUGUACGCUGCAUCAUCCCAAAUCAUGAGAAACGGGCAGGAAAAUUGGACGCCCAUCUGGUGCUUGAACAGUUGAGAUGUAAUGGUGUGUUGGAAGGUAUAAGAAUCUGCCGUCAAGGAUUCCCCAACAGAAUUGUCUUCCAGGAGUUCCGCCAACGAUAUGAGAUCUUGGCAGCAAAUGCUAUCCCAAAGGGCUUCAUGGAUGGCAAGCAGGCCUGCUGUCUCAUGAUCAAGCACCUGGACCUUGAUCCAAACCUGUACCGUAUAGGUCAGAGCAAAAUGUUCUUCCGCACAGGAGUCUUGGCACAGCUUGAGGAGGAGCGUGAUCUUAAGAUCACCGUCAUAAUCAUAGCCUUCCAGGCACAGGCCAGGGGUUUCCUAUCUAGAAAGGCCUUCGCCAAGAGACAGCAACAGCUGACAGCGAUGAAGGUGAUACAGAGAAACUGUGCUGCUUAUCUGAAACUCAGGAACUGGCAGUGGUGGAGACUGUUCACAAAGGUGAAGCCGCUCCUGCAGGUGACACGUCAGGAGGAGGAGAUGAGUGUGAAGGAGGAAGAGCUGCAAAGGGCUACUGAAUCAGCAGCAAAAUUUGAGACGGAACUGAAAGACAUUUCGUUGAAACACACACAGCUUCUUGAGGAAAGGAGCCAGCUCCAGGAGAAGCUACAGGCCGAGACCGAACUCUACGCAGAGGCGGAAGAAAUGCGAAUGCGCCUGGCCACCAAGAAACAAGAACUAGAAGAGAUCCUGCAUGAGAUGGAGGCCAGGCUGGAGGAGGAGGAAGACCGCGGUGCAGCCCUACAAAUGGAAAAGAAGAAGAUGCAGGACCAGAUCAGAGACCUUGAGGACCACCUUGAGGAGGAAGAAGAUGCUCGACAGAAGCUGCAGCUGGAGAAGGUUACUUGUGAUGCCAAGAUCAAGAAGUUAGAGGAUGACGUCCUGGUCAUGGACGACCAUAACAACAAACUGCUGAAGGAGAGAAAGCUUCUAGAGGAAAGAGUAGCAGAUUUUAGCUCUAAUUUGGCCGAAGAAGAAGAAAAAUCUAAAAACCUGACCAAGCUGAAGAAUAAGCACGAGUCAAUGAUAUCCGAUCUUGAAGUCCGCUUAAAGAAAGAAGAAAAGUCUCGCCAGGAGCUGGAAAAAGCCAAGAGGAAACUGGAGGGUGAAUCAAAUGACCUUCAGGAGCAGCUCGCUGACCUUCAGGCUCAGAUCGCUGACCUCAAAGCCCAGCUCGCUAAGAAAGAGGAGGAGCUUCAGGCUGCAUUGGCACGACUGGAGGAUGAGACUGCUCAAAAGAACAAUGCACUCAAGAAGAUCAGAGAGCUGGAGGGACACAUCUCAGAUCUUCAGGAGGAUUUGGAUUCGGAGCGGGCUGCCCGUAACAAAGCUGAAAAGACCAAGAGAGACUUGGGAGAAGAGCUUGAAGCUCUUAAAUCAGAACUUGAGGACACGUUGGACACCACAGCUACUCAGCAAGAACUCAGGGCCAAACGUGAGCAGGAGGUGACUCUCCUGAAGAAAGCCAUGGAGGAGGAGAGCCGUGUCCAUGAGGCUCAGGUGCAGGAGAUGAGACAGAAACACACCCAAGCUUUCGAGGAGAUUACAGAACAGCUGGAGCAGUCCAAGAGGGCGAAAGUGAAUCUGGAGAAAACCAAGCAAGCUUUGGAGAAAGAGACGUCAGAACUUCACGUGGAGAUCAGAUCUCUUGCUCAGAGCAAACAAGAUGUUGAAAACAAGAGAAAGAAGGUGGAGGGACAACUCGUUGACCUUCAGUCUCGUUUCAAUGACAGCGAGAAGCAGAAAGCUGAACUUGGAGAUCGGGUGUCUAAAAUCACGGUGGAACUUGAAGGCGUCACCAAUCUUCUGAAUGAUGCUGAAGGAAAGAACAUAAAGCUUAGUAAAGAUGUGUCUAGCCUUACUGCUCAAGUGCAAGAUACACAGGAGUUGCUCGCUGAAGAAACCCGACAGAAGCUUCAGUUCUCUACUAAACUACGUCAAAUAGAGGAUGAUCGCAACGCCAUACAAGAACAGCUGGAGGAGGAAAUGGAAGCAAAGAGGAACGUGGAGCGGCACGUCUCAACCCUCAACAUCCAGCUCUCUGACUUCAAGAAAAAGCUGGAGGAGAUGUCAGGUAAUGUAGAGGUUUUAGAAGAAGGUAAGAAGAGGCUGCAGAGAGACCUGGAGGCGGUCAACACUCAGUUUGAGGAGAAGGCGUCAGCUUUUGAUAAGCUGGAGAAGACCAAGAACAGACUGCAGCAGGAGCUGGAGGACACGCUGAUGGAUCUGGACAAUCAGAGACAGCUGGUGUCCAACCUUGAGAAGAGGCAGAAGAAGUUUGAUCAGAUGCUCGCAGAAGAGAAGAGCAUCUCCAGUAAAUAUGCAGAUGAGCGAGAUCGAGCAGAGGCUGAGGCUAGAGAGAAGGAGACCAAGGCCCUGUCGUUGGCUAGAGCUUUAGAUGAAGCUCAGGUAAGCCGCGAGGAGCUUGAGCGAGCCAACAAAGGCCUUCGUGCUGAAAUGGAGGACCUGGUCAGCUCCAAAGAUGAUGUGGGCAAAAGUGUGCAUGAGCUCGAGAAGUCCAAACGCGGUCUAGAAGCUCAGGUGGAAGAGAUGAAGACCCAGUUGGAAGAGCUGGAGGAUGAAUUACAGGCUGCAGAGGACGCUAAGCUUCGUCUGGAGGUCAACAUGCAAGCUCUAAAGGCUCAGUUUGAGAGAGAUCUUCAAGGCAGAGACGAACAGGGCGAGGAGAAGAAGAGGCAGUUGGUCAAACAGGUGCGUGAGCUGGAAACUGAACUUGAGGAUGAGCGCAAGCAAAGAACGCUUUUAGCUGCUGCCAAGAAGAAGAUGGAGGGAGACAUGAAAGACCUGGAAGCCCAUAUUGAGACAGCAAACAAGGGACGAGACGAGGCCAUUAAGCAGCUCCGCAAGCUUCAGGCCCAGACGAAGGACUUCCAGCGAGAGCUUGAUGAUGCCCGAGCAGCCAGGGAGGAAGUUUUAUCUAGUGCCAAAGAGAAUGAGAGGAAAGCCAAGACUCUGGAGGCUGAACUUCUACAACUGCAAGAGGAUAUGGCAGCGGCUGAGAGAGCUAGGAAGCAAGCAGAAUCCGAGCGAGAUGAACUGGCCGAUGAACUCGCCAGCAACACAUCUGGAAAGUCUGCGCUGUCUGAUGAGAAGAGACGUCUAGAGGCGAAGAUCCAACAGCUGGAGGAAGAGCUUGAGGAGGAGCAAGGAAACAUGGAGAUGCUGAAUGACAGACUGAGGAAGAGCGUCCAGCAGGUUGACCAACUUACCAACGAGCUCCAGGCCGAACGCACCACAUCCCAGAAGAACGAGAGUGCCAGACUGCUGAUGGAGAGACAGAAUAAAGAGAUGAAGGCCAAACUUCAGGAGAUGGAGAACCAAGUCAAAUCCAAAUUUAAGUCCUCCAUCACUGCUCUUGAAGCCAAAGUGGCUCUACUGGAAGAACAACUCGACCAGGAGAACAGAGAAAAGCAGAACACAGCGAAGGCACUUCGCCAGAAGGACAAGAAACUGAAGGAUUUCAUGACCCAAGUGGACGAUGAACGCAAACAAGCCGAACAAUACAAAGACCAGGCGGAUAAGGCCAAUGCCCGUGUCAAGCAGAUAAAGAGACAGCUGGAAGAGAGCGAGGAGGAAUCCCAGCGAAUCACUGCCGCCCGCAGAAAGCUUCAGCGCGAGCUAGAUGAGGCCACGGAGACCAAUGACACCAUGAGCCGUGAGGUCAAUUCUCUCAAGAGCAAACUCAGGCGAGGCAAUGAACCAUCAUCCUUCAGCAGCACACCGAGGCGCACAGGAGGCGGCAGCCGACGGGGAAUGAUUGACAGCUCUGACGCAGCGGAUGAUGACGCAGACAUGCAGAGUGACUACAAUGGAACCAAAUCUAGUGAUUAGACGUCUCUCAUCGUGCUAUCCAGACACGCUAUUCCUUUCUUUCAAAAACCUGAUCGAAGAUCCACACAUUUUUACAAAUGUCAUAAUUUAGAUCGUAGUUAUGUUUUAGUUGUUGAAUGCAACCAAGCACUGCUGUUCAACCAGGAUUUUAACUGUUCUUGAUUUAAUAGUUUUGUUUUGUUUUGAUUUCAUUCCAUCCAACACAACCCUUACUUUUACACUGACCUUUAUGGUACCGUCAAUAUGCUGAUAUUUGGUUUAUCUCUCAAAAAAAUGAUUCAUCUUUUUUUCCAAAUGUUUGUCUAAAUGAAACUUGGCUAAGACAUCUAAAAAUGUCACUAUUGAGCUACAUAAUGGUCCUCAAAGUACAGUAUACUGCACGGUCUCUUUUAUUUACAGUUGUAUUCACGUGAUAAUACAGAUUGGUUAGCAAUAAAAUUUGAUCUUUGGACAGGUUUUGCAGAGCAGUCGUUCUGGAGGACACUUUGGUGACAGGGUUUUUUGUUCGUGAUUUUUCUGAACUUCAUUUUUCCAUUUGCAGACAUGAGACACCUGGUUUAUAUGCUUGUUGAGUUUGAACUCUUUCAACAAAUUUAAAGUUUUCCUCAACUGUACCGUACAGAACUAUAAUUUCGACAAUUAUACAUUUGGAAAAUGUAUUCUAUCCUUAAAAAAUUCUACAGCUUUUAAGUUCAUUUUAUGUUUGCCAUACAUAUUAUAUUAUAAAGAAACUUAGACAAAUAUAAUAUGUUUGGCUCUCCUAUAAAUUUUUUAAUAUAUAUAAACACUGUUAAAACGAUGAAAUAUCCUCUCAAAUAGUUGUCUUUUGACAGACAUUACCUGUGAAGGAACGUUGAAUUAUAUAAAAUGUAUAUGUAAAGCUUUAUUUUCCCAACCGUUUCACUUGUCACGAGUAAUUUACAUUGACAAUAGGUCAAUUAUAUGUACUUUUUAUGUAUUUGUGAAACCACUUGCACAUGAAAUAAAGUCCAAAAAUGUA